AUGGGCGUUCUGGGGUUCGUCACUGCGGUCAACGGAACAUCCGAGCCAGUGUAUUUGUCACGUACUGUAUGUCACAAACGCGAGGCCAUACCGGUUCCGUACCACUAUCUCCGCCGCCCCUCAACUCUUUACAGAUCGAAUUUCCCUCCUUUCCAUCUUUUCUCCAACCUCUACUUAGGCACGACUUUUCCACAGCAAUUGAUUCUUCAAUCAAUUUGUUCAAUUCUCUACGAUCGCUCGAUCUUCGAUAUAUCUAACCUUUGUGGUGGUCGCGAAAUAACUCCCGCUGGGAUCCAUCGCAGGGCCCAUCAGAUCGGUCCAUUCCCAGAAAUACGCUUGACAGCGCCAUCCCCAGCCCCGACCUCCGAUCAGGUUGAUCCGCUCCGAACAAGCGAUUCUCCCGCAGAGGGCAGCGCCUGUGAAUGUACGUCCCCCCGGCUCUCUCUCACUGAACCCGUCCUCAUCUUCCCACUGUGA